GGAAGUGCUAUCAAACCAGGAAGUAGGAGCCGCAGGAGGGUUGCCGUGCCUACAACUUCGGUUUCAGUUUUUCCGAUCUUCUGCCCUCUCAGAUUUGCAGAGAAGUCUAAUUGAAACGUUUUCUUAAAGGUGAUCCCUCUUGUGCCCUGAUUUCUGCCUCAUGCCAUGGAGCACGCUGGGGGCAGAUGGCAGGAAGCCUCGGGUGAUUCUGAGGAGGAAAAUGAAAGUAUGGUGCACUCUUCGGAAUCCGAAGCCACCCUGGAUGCUUGCAGCCAGCGGAGAAACAAUGCGGGCUUCUGGCUACUUGGUCUUUGCAACAAUUUUGCUUACGUGGUGAUGCUGAGUGCAGCUCAUGACAUCCUCAGCCAUCAGAAGGUGCCAGACCAUAAUGGGACUGCACCGAUUCCCCCCAGUGCUUCUCCAGAGAAUACCACCACCAAUACUUCUGGGUAUGAUUGCAACACCAUUUCGACUGGGGCGGUACUGCUGGCAGACAUUUUGCCAACUCUCUUCAUCAAAUUCAGUGCUCCUUUUUGCAUCCACUUGUUCCCAUAUGGCUUGCGUGUUGCCAUUUGUGUCACCUCAGCUUGGGGCAGCUUUUUACUAGUUGCCUUUUCCACCAGCAUAACACAAAGCCUCCUGGGUGUCGUGCUUGCCAGUAUAUCCUCUGGUCUUGGUGAAAUAACAUUCCUGGCACUCACAUCAUUUUUCAACAGUGCUGUGGUGUCUGCCUGGUCAUCUGGAACAGGUGGGGCUGGCUUGAUUGGGGCCCUUUCCUACCUCGGGCUGACCCAGAUAGGCCUGUCUCCGCAGGAUACUCUCCUCUUUAUGACCAUUGUUCCUGUUAUCAUGCUGGCCAGCUAUUGCUUCCUGCUGGCUCCCCCUCCUCAAGCCCCUCGCUGUGGCUGGGGGGUCUGCAAGCCAAAAUCGCCACGUGCCCCUUCUGUGAUUCAACAGCCUCUUCUCGGGGACAGGUUGACACACCCUCAAAUGAUACAAAAACCUCAGCUCACCUUGCAGGAAAAAGAACAGGUGGCCAAGGUAAGAAGCCUGCUCAGAGAAAGUGGGAAGGACCUUUUGAGCUGUGCAAGUGUAAAUAGGUGGUUCCUAGCUGCUCCAAUACAAUGCAAGAAUGCCGCAUGUCAGGACACUCUCAGUAGUGCUGUGAUAUUUGAAUUGUUGUAUUUUCGAAACACAACUUUAAAUCAUCCCCAACAAUAUCGCUGGUAUCAGAUGCUCUAUCAGGCAGGGGUUUUUAUUUCGCGUUCCUCUGCCAGUUGUAUACGGAUCCGAAAAAUAUGGGUUCUGGCUAUAUUGCAGUGCCUGAAUAUGGUGUUUCUCCUAUUUGCCGUGAGCUACUUGUUUCUACCCAGUAUCUUCUUGGUUUUCGUGCUGAUAUUGUAUGAGGGAUUGCUGGGAGGAGCUGGCUAUGUGAACACUUUCCAUUGUGUCAGUGAAGAGAGCAAGCCAGAACAUCGAGAAUUUGCCAUGGGAGUAGCUUGCAUAGCUGAUACUUUGGGCAUCUCGCUUUCAGGGGCCAUUGCCAUCCCUGUGCACAACUAUUUCUGUCACCUUCCUUGAAGUCUGUUUUCCAGCGGGAUCAACAGUUGUCUUGGCAUAAUUCACCUUUGCUCUUCAGUAGGCUGAUGCCCAACUGUAUGGAGGGGAAACUCCUGGGUGUUAUUAGUAUUGACUGACCUCCAAGCACAAGAAAAAAGGAGUAUCAGAAUCUGCUAGGAAUUUAUCCUCUUGGCUUAAUUUCCUGAACAUUCUGAUUUGGGAAAUUAGAUGUUUUUAAUGAGCCCAGUUGUGUUUUUUCCUUUUCACAUUGUAUAGGAUUUAGCAGGGUUAAAGUAGGAAAACGCACUUGCUGUUGGAUGGAAUCAUGUUAUAGAGUUCUCAAAGGUGUAAUACUUUUAAUGAAGAACAGAGUGAAAUGAAAACAGUUCAGAAGAUGCCUCUCUAAAUAACUGGAUUCAAGAGAGAGAGAAAAGAGAUUCUAUGUUUUGUUCAUAAGUGAGUAUGUUAGAAAUCAGAUGCUCACGAUCUGCUUCUUUCUAAAUUUAGUCAGUAAGGCAAACUGUCGGAGAACUGUUACUGUUGCUAAAUGAUUAUUCUAUGUCAGAGUACGAUAAAGUUAGUAAGUUUACAUUUGUGGACUUCUGUGAUUAUUUGAAAUGACUGAGCAAAAAUUGGAAAUAGACAUUGGAAUUACAGGCAGAAGUUACAAGAGAGAAAAUGCCAGCUAAAUAGUAAAUAAAACUGUUCUCCAACUGA